ACCAUUUUUAUUACAACAAACCAUUUUUUUCUUACGUGUCCCCUUACACAGUAACCAGCUCACAGCAAUGAACUCUUUUUUUUUUUUUUUUUUUCUAAUCUUAUUAAUCAACAAUUAUUAACCAUUAUAAAUAAGGAUCACAGUAUUGUUUCUUUCUAUUCUCACUCAAAAAUCUUUAUCAAUUAUAACACUACAAAAAACAUAUUUUUAAAAAAUAAUCAUACUAAUUAAAAAGCUGAUUUUUCUUGGAAAAUAUUGAAAUUUCUAGAUAUGUCGAGUAAUACUGCUGGUCAAGUCAUUCGUUGUAUAGCUGCUGUAGCAUGGGAAGCAGGAAAACCACUUGUGAUUGAGGAGGUUGAGGUUGAUCCUCCCCAGAAAAUGGAGGUUAGAGUCAAGAUUCUGUUCACCUCCCUCUGCCAUACUGAUGUCUAUUUCUGGGAAGCUAAGGGCCAAACACCUGUUUUUCCUCGCAUUCUGGGUCAUGAAGCUGGAGGAAUUGUGGAAAGUGUUGGAGAGGGUGUGACAGACCUUAAACCCGGGGAUCACGUUCUGCCUGUCUUCACUGGGGAGUGCAAGGAAUGUGCACACUGCAAAUCCGAGGAGAGUAACAUGUGUGAUCUUCUGAGGAUCAACACCGACAGGGGUGUGAUGCUUCAUGACGGAAAGUCGAGGUUUUCGAUCAACGGAAAACCCAUUUACCACUUUGUUGGGACAUCCACAUUCAGUCAAUACACAGUAGUUCAUGUUGGGUGCCUAGCUAAGAUCAACCCUAAAGCACCCCUUGAUAAAGUCUGUGUUCUCAGCUGCGGAAUCUCUACAGGUUUUGGUGCCACUGUGAAUGUUGCUAAACCAAAGAAAGGCCAGACUGUUGCCGUUUUCGGCCUAGGAGCUGUUGGCCUUGCGGCUUGUGAAGGGGCUAGAGUUUCAGGUGCAUCAAGAAUCAUUGGUGUUGAUCUGGUUUCUAGUAGGUUUGAAGCAGCAAAGAAGUUCGGUGUGACUGAUUUUGUGAACCCUAAAGACCAUGACAAACCAGUGCAAGAGGUGAUCGCUGAGAUGACUAAUGGAGGGGUGGAUAGAAGUGUUGAGUGUACUGGUAACAUUCAAGCCAUGAUCUCUGCUUUCGAAUGUGUUCAUGAUGGUUGGGGUGUUGCUGUUCUUGUUGGUGUUCCUAACAAAGAUGAUGCCUUCAAGACUCACCCUAUGAACUUCCUUAAUGAGAGGACUCUCAAGGGCACAUUCUUUGGCAACUAUAAGCCUCGUUCCGAUAUCCCGGCUGUCGUGGAGAAGUACUUGAACAAGGAAAUGGAGCUUGACAAAUUUAUCACUCAUGAGGUCUCGUUCAAGGACAUCAACAAGGCUUUUGAGCUGAUGCUAAAGGGGGAGAGUAUAAGGUGCAUCAUUCGUAUGUAUGAGUGAAGUGCAAAUAAGUAGAUACUUAUAUCUGAGAACUAAAAGAGCAAGGAAGAAUAAAAAUGGCGGCUAUGUUUUCUCUUAUGUGUCUUGUUUUAUGUAAAUGGAAUUGGGGUGCAUCCCCUAUUCCUCACAGUACAUAUCUCAACUUUCCUACAAAUUAGCGUUUGAAUUUGGAUAAACUAAGAAUGAUAGUGUUUGAUGUACAAGCUUUUAUGAUCAAUACUAUUUUAAUCACUUGUUAAA